AUGCGUCUCACUGAGCGGUUUUGGGUGACACUCACCGAGGUUGUAGCUUGGAUUGCUCCAGCUAACUUCGACCCCUUCAAUGAGUUUGGGGGAGUUCAGCGGCCUUUGUUUGAUGCCCUCGAAUGGUCUGUCGGCCCCAGCACCCUUGACACAGGAGCUCACACUUCGACCAAGCCGCACAUUGGUGAUGGUAAACCCGGAGACCCCAUUUUCAAACCCCCGACUGGCCGUCCCGAAGACAAUCAGUUCCGAUGUGACUACAGGGCCAUGAAAGGAUGGCGCCCCUGCUCGAGUCCUUCCAACCGAGAAUGCUGGCUUCGCCAUCCGGAUGGACGUGAAUUCAACAUAAUGACUGACUACGAGCAAGAGGCACCGAUCGGAAUCCACAGGAACUAUACAUUGGUUGUAAACGAUGGUUGGGUCAACGCGGACGGUCGCAAUUUCACCGAGGCUAAAUUGUUCAACAAUACCUAUCCUGGACCGUGGCUUCAAGCAUGUUGGGGAGACACCGUCAAUGUUAAGAUUAUCAACAAAAUGAAGCACAACGGAACCUCGAUUCAUUGGCAUGGAAUUAGACAAAACCAGACCGCGCAGGCAGAUGGAGUCAACGGCGUCACACAAUGUCCCAUAGCUCCAGGCGAUUCGUAUACAUACACCUUCAAGGCUGUCCAGUACGGUAGUUCUUGGUAUCACUCUCAUUACUCGGUGCAAUACAAUCCAUGUGCUUUUGAGUCAAUCUACACACAGAAUCCAACCUUGAGGUUUCCCAGUAUCCUCCUGAAUGGCCAUGGAAACGUUACCAGGUUUAAUGCGACUAACCCUCCACCUGACUCGCCCAUCCCGGAGGAGUUCGUCUUGAAGUUCGAAAAGCGACACAUCGGAUAUAAUGGACGGGCGAAGAGAUACUUGUUGCGUCUCAUCAACACAUCUUUCAAGACAACGUUCGUUUUCACCAUAGACAAUCAUGUUCUCCAAGUCAUCGAUUCCGACUUUGUCCCAAUCGAGCCGUACUACACAACUUCUGUCCUUGUCGGUAUCGGGCAACGUUACCGAGUUAUCGUUGAAGCCCGGCCAGAUGACGAUGAUGAUGGUUCAAACCCCGUGCCCUCUGAUGGUAAUUUCUGGAUUCGAACAUAUGGCGCCGACAAUUGUAGCCAGAAAGGACAGGACGGUUAUGAACGCACCGGAAUCCUCAGGUACAAUCCUGAAAGUACCUCCGAUCCCACUUCGAACCCUUGGCCCGCCGUACCGAGGAACUUGAAAUGUUCGGACGAGCCUUACACGUCUCUGAAGCCGAAGCGACCUUGGUAUAUAGGGCCCGCAGCCAACACUGACGAUGGAGAGCAAUUCAAUCUCGAGUCCAACACCUCGCGCACUCAGCCAGGCAACAAGCCGUUCCCUCUCGCACAAUUCUCUUUGAACCCGGAGACAUCGUCUACAUUCACACCAUUACAGAUCAACUACAGUCACCCUAUUAUCCAGGAAUUGGAUAACACCAGUGGCAACUGGCCAAAGCAAUGGGUCGUCAUUCCAGAGAACUUCAAUAGCAGCAGCUGGAUCUAUCUCGUCCUCACAGGGGACAGGCUGAAUGGGACUACAAUUGGUGCACAUCCUAUACAUCUUCACGGCCAUGACUUCGCUCUUCUCCAACAAUCCACGGAAAAGUACUCGCCAGACAAACUUAAUCUAACUCUAAAUAAUCCUCCGCGUCGCGACGUUGUACUGCUGCCAUUGAACGGCUUCGUCGUCAUUGCUUUCAAAUCAGACAAUCCAGGGACGUGGCUGAUGCAUUGCCACAUCGCCUUCCACGCAAGCGAGGGACUUGCGCUACAGAUCCUCGAGCGACAAUCUGAGGCGAACACGCUCUUCAAUACACCAUCUUCGCCGGUUACAAAUGAGAUAGAGCGCGUAUGCGCCAACUGGGACAGGUGGUUUGAAGACUGUAAUAACUGGUAUUCUGGCUGCGAUAGCGGACAUGUUUUCCAAGAUGACAGCGGUAUUUAG